UCCCCGUCAGUUCACGCAGUUUGCUCUCAUUAAAAGUUUUGACGUAUGCUCUGUUUGUGCGGUUCCAGCCAGGAAGGCGGUGUUGUUAUAUUCUUGAAUCUGAACAUUUUUCACGUUUUCACUUCAAACCGUAUUUUUCAAAAGGCGAAAAUUUAUACAAUGGCAACUGAAAACGGAGUCAACCUAGAGGAUGGAUUGUCUUGUGAAGACUUAUUCCGCAAUAGCGACGGACUGACAUACAAUGAUUUCAUCAUUCUACCCGGGUACAUUGACUUCACAUCCGAUGAAGUAGACUUGUCGUCACCACUCACUAAGAAGAUUAUGCUGAAGGGACCUUUGGUCUCAUCGCCUAUGGACACGGUUACUGAAGCUGACAUGGCUAUAUCGAUGGCGCUUUGCGGUGGCAUUGGCAUCAUUCAUCAUAACUGUACCCCAGAAUUCCAAGCCAACGAAGUGCAUAAGGUGAAGAAGUAUAAACACGGCUUCAUCCGAGAUCCGAUGGUUAUGAGCCCGGACAAUAAUGUGGCCGACGUUUUGGACGCCAAGAAAAAGAACGGUUUCACCGGAUAUCCUAUUACAGAGCAUGGCCGUCUGGGAGAGCGCCUGCUGGGUAUUGUUACAUCCAGAGACAUUGAUUUUCGAGAAGAAGAUGUUGCCCUCAAGUUGAAAGACAUUAUGACGAAGGUUGAGGACAUGAUUACAGCACCCAGCGGGGUAACUUUGCAAGAGGCCAACCAUAUACUCGAGAAAAGUAAAAAAGGAAAACUGCCAAUUGUGAACAAAAAUGGAGAAUUGGUUGCACUAAUUGCUAGAACUGAUUUGAAGAAAGCAAGAAGCUACCCGAAUGCUUCCAAGGAUAGCAACAAACAAUUGCUCGUCGGAGCUGCCAUUUCAACCAGAGAAGACGAUAAGGAGCGACUCGAGCUGUUAGUACAGAAUGGAGUUGACGUCGUAGUACUGGAUUCUUCUCAGGGAAAUUCUUCGUACCAGAUUGAUAUGAUCAAAUAUAUCAAACAGAAAUAUCCCGACUUGCAGGUCAUCGCUGGAAAUGUAGUCACCCGAAAACAGGCAAAAACGUUGAUAGAUGCAGGAUGUGAUGCACUACGCGUCGGCAUGGGCUCCGGUUCCAUCUGUAUCACACAAGAGGUUAUGGCUUGUGGCUGCCCUCAGGCUACAGCUGUCUAUCAGGUCAGCCGAAUUGCUCGAGAGUAUGGAGUUCCGGUAAUCGCUGAUGGUGGAAUACAAUCAAUCGGGCACAUUAUGAAGGCUCUUUGUUUGGGAGCAUCCAGUGUGAUGAUGGGGUCGCUUUUGGCUGGUACAUCAGAAGCUCCUGGAGAAUAUUUUUUCAGCGAUGGAGUUCGCCUUAAGAAAUAUCGCGGAAUGGGCAGCCUUGAAGCAAUGGAACGUAAGGAUGCGAAAGGAGCAGCAGGUGCACGCUAUUUCCAUACGGAUAUGGAUAAAUUACGUGUUGCACAGGGAGUUAGUGGAAGCAUAGUUGACAAAGGUUCUGUCCUACGAUUUUUACCCUACCUUCAGUGCGGUUUACAACAUAGCUGCCAAGAUAUUGGAACGAAAUCUUUACAAAAUCUUAAGAAAAUGAUUUACAGCGGUGAGCUUCGCUUCAUGAAACGUACUCAUUCUGCCCAAGCUGAGGGAAAUGUUCACAGCUUAUUUUCUUAUGAAAAAAGACUGUUUUAAAAACCAGAUUAAUCAACAACGGUUUUUUCGUAAGUUUAAGUUAAAAUUAUAGACAAGGAAAAACCUAUGUGUCAAACAAUUGUGUUGAAAAUUAUUCCAUGAAAUCUGGCUAUACAAAAAUAAGUGUUAUAAGCAUAAAAUAUUUUUUAUUAAGGUAUAAAGUGAGCAGGAAUUAUUCGACUUAAAUUUUAGGCACAUUCUCCAAAAAAAAUCUCUGCCCAACCCUUCUUAAAGUAUUGGAAAUAUUUUUCAGCAAAAUAAAAAUAUUAUGAUAAAAUUUUAGCAUUAUUUAGUUAUUCUUUAUCAUCGAUUUUUUUUAAUUGUAUUGUGCACAAAUAAAUAAUGUAAAUAAA